ACAUUUAAUCUAAUACUAUUUUUAGAUUACAAAAUCCCUACUAUAAAAAAUGCUAGUAGAAACUAUAUAUCAAAGGUGGUAUUCAGUAAAAGCGCGCGAGCCGGUAGAUAUUUAUUUGGGACGGAAUAACCUGAAAUCUCUCUUCGUAACACAUUUGUGAUAUUUACGUUGAAUAAGAUCUUCUUAUUGUAUAUUGACAGUACGUUGUGAUAAAACAUGGAAACGUCAAGCGAAAUUCAAGAGAAGCUCGAUCAGUCCAUUCGUUUGCUGAAUCGACAAAACGCUCAACGAAAAACAUUCUUGAGGUUAAGCGGUAAGAGCACCACUCCGAAAAGGAUAUCCUUGCAAACGGCUGGUCAGUUGCGAAAGGAUGCUGACGAUAGUAGACUCGAUGACACCAGAGAAAUCGAUAUCGACUCUUCUUUGACUCUCGCUCCUCACGAAAUCCGUGACAUAAUGGCUCGCUCUGAAAUGAAUGAUAUUACAAUCAGAGAGAUGAUGGAAAACAGCACGAUGACCGGGACAAUUCUCAGAGCGAAUGAGCCAUGGCGGGAGGUGAAAGCAAAACUCUAUUAUGACUUCUUGCAGAGUAUGCAGACACACUUUUCUGAAGCACAGGUCUUUGAUGUCAUUGCGGACUUUAUACAGAAUUGUACUGAUACUUUAGAUAUAAUAAGAGGUAUGCAAUCAAAAGUUGAAAAUAUGGAAUUAUUGGAGGAAGAAAAUUCUUUGGAGAGUGAGAGAAAUACUUGGAGACUAAUAUAUUGUCUAUAUCAGAAUCGUAUAAGCAAUGUCGGUAUGUCCAAUCAAAUGGAUCAUGACGGACAUGUAAACAACAAUUAUGUUUCUGAAAAAGAUGUUAUAGAAAACUUGUAUAAAUCUGAGAGUUAUAUUAGGGAGUAUCAGUUGAUUAUUGACUGGUUAGAAAAGAACGCUGUGGAUGUGGCAGACAAAUUCCCAUCUAUAGAACUCUUCUCUGAUAAAACAGUAGCUUGGGAAAAUACACUUCAUCAAUUACAAAAUCCAAAUUUAGGAGGAAUUGCAUUUAGCUCAUCCAGACCACUUGUGUCAUCUCUUGAUCCUGAUGCACCAAUACGAGAGAAUAAACCGUUACAUGAUUUAGACAGAGAAGAUGAUGCCAGACUUGAAAAAAGAAUGUUUAUAGAAGUACGUUGUGGGCGUCUAGACAAAGCACAAUCAUUAGCUAUGCAUUGCGGUCAACUUUGGAGAGCUGCAUCUUUAUUAGGUUGGAUUCCUAAUCAUGAUCCAAAUUUCAAUAAUCCAAUAACAGACAUGAAAUCACCAAUCGAAGGAAAUCCUAAUAGAAGUCUUUGGAAAUUGUGUGCUUGGGAAAUGUCUCAAGACAAACGCAUAGGUGUAUUUUAUCGUGCUAUCUAUGCAAGUUUUUGUGGCAAUGUUCAACUACUACUUCAAAUAGCAUCAUCGUGGCAAGAUGCAUUAUGGGCAUACAUGAAAACUCUCUUAGAUAUCAAAGUAGAGGCUGCGUUAAGAUGCGUGAUGGUAAAAAUUUAUACAGGUUUGCCGGAAGAAUAUUGGAAAAAUGAAAUCUCGUUAGAAGAUGUGUUUAAAGAGCUACACGCAUCCAAGAAUCCAAUGAUACGUGCUCAAUCAAACAAACCAGAUUAUUUAAUACAGAAAUAUAUAAUAUUGGAUCAGAUACCACAGCUGAUGGAAGAGAUCGAAAAUAUGAUAGAUGGUCCCACUUGUGACUCGCAGUUCCUCCGAUUCCUAGCACAUUUAAUAUUAUUUUUCAGACAAAUCGGAAGAAGUACAAAGGAUAAAAUAGAAGACAAAGUAUUGCUAACUUAUGUUCGUGUUCUGAUUCAAAUGGGCGAUCCGAUUUUAAUCGCGUUUUACACAGCUACGUUACCUCAGGAGGAUCAAAUAACUAUCUAUGCCUCUUAUUUAGAAGGUGUCAAGGAACACGAACAACGCAAGAAAUGUUUACGCGCAGCGGAAGACGCAAACUUAAAUGUAGAAGCAAUCACGAAAUUAGUAGUAGAAAAUAUACGUAAAAAGAAUGUAGAAAUUGAUUCAACUGAUCUAAAAGGAACUGUCACCGAUGCAGACUUAGAAAAAGUCAAUGCAUUGGACUGGCUACUUUUCUAUCAAAGUCAGAAAGAGGAGGCAAUAUGGCAAACAAACGCGCUCAUUAGAUAUUUUCUCACUAAUGAAAGGAUAGACGCGGCGCGAAAAGCAUUUAACAAGAUCCCGGCAGAUGCUAUUGAAACAGUCAUGUCGGAUUACCCAAGCAUAAAUUGCACGCUUACGAAUCUUACAAUAACGAACAAUUUGUCGAAACGAGCGGUUUCUUCGAUAAGAGAAUACUUUUGUUACAAAAUGUACCUUGACGCGCAAGAGGGUUUCAGCGAAUGGUUCUCUCAUUUCCAUCACGGCAAACCGGCACCGCUGAAAGAAUUGCCGGCGUACGCAACGUUUACUGAAAAAGUCGCAUACGAUCACAGAAAGACGCAAUACAAUGUCGAAAUGAAAAGAUGGAAAGACACGAUGCAACAUCAUACAGAGGCUGUGAAGCAGUAUCUUUUUAAUGUUCUUCUAUUCCCGGAUGGUGGUUGGCUUGUUGAUUCGAAGAAUAGCAACGACGAACCGUGCACACCCGAAGACGAACUAAGGCAACAUCAAUUAGAAAAGCUUCGUGAACUCUGUAUUCCUAAAAUCACGCUUUUACUGCACUCGGUUAUGUCCGAAAUGAAUGAACAUGCCGAGUGCAUUCGCUUAGCUGACAUACUCGCGUCCGAACAACAUCAGCUGUACAAAGUAUUUUCAAAGGGAAAGUUACGCGAAGUAUUUAAAAAGAUUUGCGAAUCUUCUCUUGUCUUGAUGGAUCAGAAGAAAGAUCCUUGGGGAUAUUCGAAAUAAUCUGAAAAUAAAAACUCAAUAGCCGUGUAAAUAUAUUACUUUGUAUAAGGUCGCAUUUUUAUAAUGUAAUUUAUAUUGUCGGACGUUUUUUUACACUUCUAGAGCUGGCGCAUUAAACGUACAAUCUUGAGAAAAAAAAUUCUCUUCCUCUACUCUGUUUUUUUUUUUAUAAAACCAGUUUAUUGUCAACCACAAGAAGUGAAUAUAAAAUUUGAUAUAAUGUUCAAUAAUUCAUAAUCAUAAUAUAUAUCAUAUCGUGAUUACUUAGAUAUGCUCCUUUUACCCAAUUGUUAAUAAAUGUAGCGCUAUCAAAGCCGUUAAGAUUAUAUUGUGUGAAAUAUGUGUGUGACAAAGAAAAAACUCAUAGUAGUAUCGAUAAAAGAGCAGAAUAUCCUGAGACACAUUUCGUAGCGACACUUCGAGAAAUUCGAUUGACAGAGCCGAUAGACGCGUCUAUCUCGUAUUCUGAUCGAGUUACGCGCGGGCAAUAUCGGGCAUAGAGUAGUAAUCGCGCACGACGACAACAACAACAAAUCUCGAUGCGUAAUACAAGAAAUAUAAUUACAAUAAUACCGUAAACAUAAAGUUCUGAGAAUGCAUUUUCAUAAAACGGAUACAAAAGGUGAUAUGAUGGAUGUUCUACUCUAUUAUUACGUCGAUGGGAACGAUGUUUCUUCUCGACGAGAGCAGUCUUCUUUUCGCAGAACCUUUUUCUUUUUCUCGUAAGUAAACACAGCAUGAUUUUAAAUCCCGACAUGCGUCUUUUCUAUAAUUAACGCUAUACAAUUCAACCGAGACACUUACACGUUACGUAUAGACUAUAUGAAGAAAAAUUAACAUUUCGAUCAAGUGUCUUCAUCUAAACAAUCGGAAUUUUACGACGCUCCGACCCGCGUCAGCCGGUGUUCUUUUUCUUCUUUUUUGUUUUUUUGUUUUUUUAUUUUUUUUUUGUUUUUGUUUUUAUCUUACACGAGACGAGACGAGAUAUGUCAGAGAUUUCAAGAUUGACUUUUCUCAUUAAGUGUUUUUUUUUUUUUUUUUUUUUUUUUAUACAUACAAUGGUUGGCUCACUAUGAUGAAAUUCAUGCGCACUGAGAUAUCUUAAUACUUUCUACAGACAAAUUUGCUUCAGGACGAAUAAAGAAGUUUGUUAGAUAGAUUAUUUAGAACAACUUUCUUCUAAAUACACAUGAGAAAAACCAUCGUGAAUGAUGCUUUAAUACGCGAAAUGGAGUCGUUUCACACAUCUGAUUGUUGAAGAAACGAAAAAUUUAAAUAUUUAUCAUAUUUCGACCGCGCUGAAAGAUAUCAGAAUCUCUGAACUUCGAAAUCCACUUCGAAUACGUUUUUUUAAUUUCCGUACUCCGUUACCUUUGUAUUUAUCGCGAGAAAUUUUGCGGGAAAUGGAAUUAUUACAUCUAAUGAUAUAUUUUUUUUUUUUUUGUUACCGAUUUGAAACAAUUUGAUGAGAAAUUUUACUACUUUCUAUAUAUGUGUAUAAUAUCUUUCAGCACGACUUUUUCAUUGUGAAAUCAUCCUCUAUAAUGAAAAGAGGAUGUCACGCGCGCAAUGACGGAGAGAUUCGCUUCGGUAAUCAUAUUGAAUUUAAAUUCGUAUACAGGUUGUGGAGAUACACAUGAUCAUUCGUCGCGAAUGAACUCGCAUAUGUGUGUUCGUAACAGACGGUGCAUUCACUCGUAACAAGAGAUAACGAGUGCCUUGUUCUCUCCAUCCUCCACUUGUCGAUAGAAUUCGUGAUAAUAACGAUUAGACGAUUAGAGUCGAGUUAAUUGUUAAUAAGCUAGCCUAACACUUAAAUGUCAAAGAGAAACAAAACGGUUGACAAUUCGAACUUUUUUCGGAUACAAUUCGACACACGCGGUGGUCAUAUAAAAUUUCGCUCACCGACUAAUCACUCAUUUUUUUCUUUUUUUUUUUUUAUUCGCUACAAGAGACAUUCUAGUCGCUAAAUGCGGAUGCGUUUUUUUUUUUUUUUCGUUUGCGAAUAUGCUUCGACUUAGAUCAUGUUUCGUACAUAUUAACAAAUCACCUCGUUUCCUUCGUUUAUAACGCAAACUGUAAAAUUUUCUUACCUACCUAUCUCUUCCUUUAUCGAGAAAUUACAAGAUUGUUCGUACUUAAACGAUUCUCGGAUAUUACAGUACGUAUAUAUAUAUAUAUAUAUAUUGGAUUUACAAUAUAUAUUUUUAUCUGAAAUAUUAGUGUGCGUGUAUACACAAAUAAUAAAGAUAAAACGAAAAAAUGAAAAACUUUUGCGGUAACACACACAUUCGUCAAACAGUAAGAUUGAAAAUAUAAUAAUACCACAAACACAAUUUAAUUGCAAUUUAAUAAGUGAACUGUAUAAGUACAGUUGGAUGUUUCCUGUUGAAACCACAGUAUAACUUUUACACACAUAUACAAUACAAUUUCAAAAUAAUAUGUUGCACAAAAAGUUUUUAAUAAUUGAUGAUCAAUGUCCGCGUAAAGUGUCGGAUACUAAUUGAUAAAAUUUGCAACAUUGUUCAAAAUGUUUUUGUUUGCGUAGAGAUUUUCGAAAAACGUAUGAAAUCCACAUUAUUGUACAAGCGCAUCAAAACGCAACAGAAGCGUACUAAAAUUGUACCAGCUUUCAAAAAUGUUUUGUAAAACUUAUCGUUAGCGUUUGAUUAUACAAUUAGUUUUCACACACCGGAAUUCGCUGCUUCAGGAAAACGUUUAGUCCACACAUGGUCAAGUUUCAUUCUAUUCCACCGCACUUGUGUCGUUUCACAUAUCUUUUAUAUAUAUAUAUAUAUAUGUAUAUUUAAUAAUAGUGCAUGGAUGGAAGCUUAUAAGUAGUCGUUUUAGUGUGUUAAUUCAAAGAUAGAAUCUAGAGUUGUAAAUAUAUGUUACGCGCUAAAUACCGCUAACAAUUCAAAAUCACGAAACUGUACAACAUUGACGCUCGCGAUAAUUUCCAUACUGAAUGACUAAUACUUUCUAUGUUUUUUUGUGUGUGUUUUAUAGUCUCCAUCGACGCAGACACGCUUCUUUUACUCUCUUUUUAUACACAUUAAUAUAUAGUAAUAUAUAGCCGAGAGAAGUUCUCUUAAGAAUCUAAACUAUUGUCUCUUAUGAACUAAACAACUUGGGAUGUGUUCGGAUUGCUCCUGGAAAAAUGUCCAACCCCGAACUAAUUGAGAAGAAAUUUCAUUACGUGUAAUUAUUAAAAUAAUUUAAUCAAGUUAAACAAAAGCAGUUUAAGUAAAACGAAUAAAAUUAUAUUUUCCUAAACUAUGUAAAAGUAGUAAUUGAUAAAGAUAUCAAAUAUUUUCUCCUUGUAUUCUUCCGCGCACCGACAUUUAUAUUUGACUCUUAAAAGUCUUAUUUGUUUUCUUAGUUUAUUUCUUCUACUAUUCGUGUUUUGUGAAACGAAUGGUUUUGACGCAUAAAAUAAUAUAAAAAGUAUUUAGAAAAAUAUAAUUUAAAGGUGAAUUUUAAAUAUAAAUUUGUGUUUCUCUCUAACAAUUUGAGCUAAAGCCAAAACUUGUUAAACAGACUAGCUUAAUAUCGAUAAUCGCUGAAAUUGUAACUAAAUGUUCUUUGUACCAUUAUGAGAAUGAUGUGUGUAUAUAUAUAUAUAUAUUUUUUUUUAUCUCUAUAUAUUAUUGUCUACGUAUUAUCUGUACAUAUGUUUAUUUGUCAUGCGAAUGGAACAUUUUCAUCUAUACGCGACUUACAAGUUACAUGCUUUAUUGCAGAACACGAUUUGUUGAUUUGAAUGUCUCGUAUGUUUAUUAGAUCAUCAAGUAUAACAAAUAUGUAUAUGUAUAUAUUUGACAAAUAUAUACAUAUACAAACAUAUAUAUAUAUAUAUUUGUCAAAUUUCAUACUUACUGAUCCAAUAUAUACGCGAAUAAUCGAUUAAUGAGUGAGUAAUAUUCAUUAGAUAUAGAUUUACGAGUUUUGAUUAUGGUGAUGUGUUGCAAAAUGGAAAACAAUCUUUUGUUUUUCCAGGAGCACUCUUCUUUUAUUGUCGAUCCUGCAAGUUGAUAAUUUAUGUAUUGUCAUUCACAGUAGUUUUUAUCCGCUUAUAAACUAGAAUCUCUCGCUCUGGAACAAUCCCCUUAGAAAAACGAACAAAUGAAAAAUAUAGCAAUAGCCUACAUCUCGAAAUUACAUUAUUAAUUACAUUCGAGUGAAGAUCUCGUUAUUGAUCUCGAAAUUGCUCUCGAGUAUUGUCGAAAAUUCAGCGACACAGACAUCGAUUAAAUGUUCUUAUUAUCAUUUAUUAAUUUUUUUCUUUACUUACACUUUAUUAGCACGAUCCAUGUUACGAUCUCUAUCAGUUUUUUGUGGUAUUGUCUUUCUCGUAAAGUUACGAUGAUGUAAGUUUCAGUUUUGCGUACGUAUGACACAUGUAUGUGUAUGUUUAUAAAUAUAUAUGCGCAUGUUAUAAAUUACAAUUGAAUUACAGACUGGUCUUUAUGCGAUAAAAGCGGUUAAAUCGCAAAGAAUUUUCUGCUGUAAAUUUUGCGGACACCCCGGCACUUAGGAGUUGGACACACAUUCAAAAAUUGAUAUCAUGAGAGAAACAUUACACUAAGUUCACUACUCUAAUUUGAUUAUGUAUUCCGUUGAUUUUUCUUGGUUGUACGUCUUUUAUAUAUCCCUUGCACGUUGCGCGACAUAGAUUUUUAUUUAACGUCUACAAAUAUCCGCCGUAGGCUGUCGGUUUUCCAAUGUUUUUUUGUCAAUGAAUUUUUUAUGCGCUUCUUUUUCUUUUUUUGCGGGGGAAUUAUUACAUGUUAUAUCUAAGUCGACGUACGGAAAA